CCACCGGGGCGACGUGGGAAGGGUGGUGGCCACGUGGCUGCCAUGGCAACCGCCCCGGGAGGCGGGAGCGGCCGCGGGGCCGGGGGUGCCAUGGCCGGGACGCUGCUGGCCCUGCUGGCCCUGCUCUGCGGCUCCCAGGUUUUAAAAGCAGAUCAUUCCUCUCCUUUGAGGGGAGAGAAACAGAUGUACAAGCUGGACAUAGGCUGGCCUAAAACUCCAGAACACUUCACUGGCCAAACAUUUUGUGUUGCUGUUGACUCUCUCCAUGGUUUGGUCUAUGUAGGACAACGGGGAGACAAUGUGCCAAAGGUACUUGUAUUCUCAAAAGAAGGCUAUUUUAUUCACUCCUGGAAUGAUACAGUUGAAAUGCCUCACGGUAUGUUUGUAUGGAACACUGCAACAAGUAGUUCAGUAUGGAUCACAGAUGUUGGAACAGGGAAACAUGGACACACAGUGAAACAGUAUAGCCCUUUGGGUAAACUUAUGCAGGUUUUGGGCACACCAGGUAAUGCUGGUUCAAGUUUGAUUCCCCUGCAAUUUGACCAACCAGCAGAGAUCUUUGUGGAGGAAACUGGAGAGAUCUAUGUUGUUGAUGGAGAUGGAGGAAUGAACAACAGAUUGCUCAAACUAUCUGAUGACCACAAAGAGAUAUGGCUGACUGGAACAAACGGGAGUGGCAUUGGCCAGUUCAGGAUUCCUCACAGUGUGACAGUGGAUGCUUUUGGACGGGUAUGGGUUGCAGACAGAGGCAACAAGAGAAUUCAGGUUUUUGAUAAAGUUACAGGAGAAUGGCUUGGGUCUUGGAGUGGCUGUUUUUCAGAAGAUGGACCCUAUUCUGUCAGGUUUACUGCCGAUUACAAAUACCUGAUUGUAGCUCAGAUGAAUAUCAACCGGCUGACAAUCUUAGCAGCACCUCCAGUCGGCACCAUUGGGAACUGUGUUGUGACCCACAGUGUCCAGCUGGCUGAUGAAACCAAACCACACCUUGUGGACGUAGACAUGAAGAGUGGAGCAGUCUAUGUUGCAGAGAUUGGAGCCCAGCAAGUACAAAAAUAUGUACCCUUAAACUGAUGAUUUCGCACAACUGCUCUGGCACAAGUUGUGUGACAUAUAAGACCUGUGACCACAUUUCUUUGAGUUCUUUGUAGCUUGUGUUUCCUUAGACAAGCACAGAACCGCACAAGUGAUCCCAGAACUCUAGAGCUAAGACUCUGUCCUAGCUGUUCUGGAGAAAUACUUGGUCUUGAGCUGUUAAUUAUUUCAGUAAUGCUAUGGUGAUUUUUACUUUUGUUAAAAUUGUAAAAUGAUAAGCAUUUUAAUUUUAUUAUAUAAAACUUUACAAACACAACUGUUGAUUUUAACUGUAUGAGGUCAACUUGGGGCUCCUCUCCUUAGCCUCAGUGUGGUGUUAAAUGGUCAGAACUGUCUGAAAGAAGUUCUCUAAAUUAMUUCCUGGGAGAAGAGCACUUCAUUUCAAUGUUUCUUCACUUUGCUUUUUGGAUGGUUGUGUUGAUAGUGUUCAACACAGAAUGUAAGGAUGUGUCACAAUGUUAAAUUAGUUGCUGCUGGAUAUCAAUGUCAGUACUGAUAGUGGCCUCUGCCUUAGGUGGUUAAUGACAUAAGUAUGGAAAUCUGUUUUCAGCUCUAGCUAAGGUGAGAAAGUCUGUAAUAAGCUUGAGCUAAAUUGAUAUUAGACACUUCAGACUAAAUUAAAACUAUGUCCACAGCAGCCAAGUACCAAUUCUUAACCUUAUUUGAUUUAUAUCAGCGUGAGUUUUCUGUUCCAUAAGAUUUCAUAAUGGAACAUAUUGAAAUUCAAGUCAUGUAAGUUCCUCAAAAAAAAUUGCAAUUUGCUAGGGAAGUCUUAAUCAGCAGUAGGGACUGGGAGACAGAUUUCAUUGAAGCUCGGUCAGUUAACAGCAAAGCAUCUGUUUUAAUUUAUUUCCAGAGCUCAGACUUCAUCAACUCCAUUAAUGUUUACAGUCAAGUUUCUUACACUUUAUAUUCUUACACUAUAUUGUAGCASAUGUCUCUAAGCUCUGUCCUAAAAAAUCCUGCCUCUCCAUUCCCAGACCAAAGUGGUUCUGCUUUCUUUACAUGUUGCUACAAGAUUUUAAGUUCUCUUUAUAGCACAGAGGGAACUGGUUACAGGAACAUGUAAUGGGAGAGAUGGCAUGGCAGAAAUGAGACAGUGGAUAACUGGUUACCAUGGUAAAACUGUGGAUCUACAUUCCAUGUUUACUAGCUCGUCAAAACAUCUGAGAGGAUUUUUGCUGUUUCCACACACUUACUCUGCCGUGUGGAUUAUUUUAAUGCUAAUUACCAGCUAAGAGAGGCAAACUGUUUUCUACUUUUUUGGAAAGGGAAUAUAGGAAAUAGAAUUGUACUGAUGGGAAAUACCCAUUUCAGUGAACACUAUCAAAAGCAAAUGCAACUUAAUUUGGUAGGUUUCAGCCUGUGAUCACAAAUUUGUGAGUCAGCAGAUGGAAAAUUGUUCGGAAAAGUCAGAUUCAUACUUUCUCUAGAAAGUAACUCAGCUGUGGAGCCUGAUUGAUUUCAGUACUAUUUGAGAUUAAUGCACUAAAUGUGAGUAGUUUAUUGUUGGCUACAUCCACAGUAAUAAAACCAGAUCCCACCUAGGGCUGCCCUCAUUCAAGCCUUAGAAGCAGAACUUCAAGGUUAUGCACUAGCAAAUAUGGUCCAUCACUCUUGUGGUCUUGAAUGGGAGAUARUAAGCAAUAUUUACU